UACUAUUUUGUGCAUCUUAGCAUUAGAUACAAAUCGGAUAGAAGUUGUUUGUGCAAAAAGAGCAAAGAAGCUUAGUAAUACAAGAAAAUAAAUUAAUUCUGCUAAACAAUCCUUCCAAUUAUUUGCGAGCCGUCAAUUGUUUUAAGCCACAACAACGCUAUCUUUUUACACAGCAUUUCCUUUACACAAUCAACUAUCGAAUAGAGUUUUGUCCAAAAACAAAAAAGGUGCUUAAAUUUUUGCGUUGCGUAUAUACAGAAAAUCAUCAAAUCAUCUGUGUGCCAAAGUGUCCGGGUUGGGCAAGGCAAGAAGAGACAGUUUGCAGCAUACAACAACCGCCGCAAGAUAAAAGUCGUUUAUUAUUUAUUAAGUAAAAGUAGAAAUUAGAGUAAUCGCAAGGUCUGUGUGUCACACAGUCACCAAAAACGAACGACUACCCUAUUCACCUGCUUACCUGUGUGGAAAGGGGGUUGGUUGUAAGGCAAAGAAUUUUGAUUAGAUCAUCCUAUCUGAAUAUAAUAAGAGCAUCAAACGAACAGACUCACACAGUGGUAGACGCACGCAGUCACUGAAGUUAGCAAGGAAACACCUUUUUUACCGUAUGCCAGGUUUUCAUUUCAAUGAAAUUGGUGAAAUGGUGGUGGAUGCAAUUGAUGACAUUGGAGUAGUGGACGUUUAUGAUUUGGCCUCGGAUAUUGGCAAGGAAUAUGAGAAAAUCAUUGAUCGUUUCGGGACUGAGGCGGCGACAGGCCUCAUGCCCAAAAUCAUUAACACGCUGGAAUUGCUGGAAGCCUUGGCUACCAAAAAUGAACGUGAAAAUGCCACCAUACAGGAGCUGAAAGAAAAAAUUGCCCAGUUGGAAAGUGAAAAAAAUGAAAAAGCCGAAUUUCGUCGCCGCUUCGAAAAGGAGUUGGAAAUGAUCGAAGAACAAUGGCGUACGGAAACGAAUGAUUUAGCUGAUUUGGUAACGUCGCUGCAGGAAGAAAAUAAACGCUUAAUAAAACAAACUCAAGAUCUGCAAUCCUCGUCUGCCCAUUCGUCGGGUUUGGGUGCCAGCCUAACGGAAAGCAUCAUCAGUAUUACCAAUAAUGAAUUGCACAGUGCAUUAAGUGAUACCCAAGUAUUGCAACGUCUCAAAGAACAAAUCUAUCGGCAGCGGGACGAGCUGAAGGAGAAAGAACGAGAAUUGCAAAGCAAAUAUAAAGAAAUUGAACAUAUGACUAUCCAACUGGAACGUUUUAAGGCAUCUGGACGUGACACACGUCGCCGCUGUACAAUGUUACAAACUCAAGUUAAAACUCUGUGCGAGGAACGUGCCGAUUUCUUGGCUCAACUGCAAGACCAACAACGUGAUAUUAAUAGCUUACGCAAACGUCUGGGUUUGGCCGAGAAAGAAAACGAAGAUUUGGUAAUGUCACAGGAUGACGAUCCAAAUGAUCCAAAUCGUCCACGUUAUACAACACGUGAGCUAAAGGAACUGAUCAACGAGCGAGACGAGCUGUUGACAACAAUCGAGAAUCUAAACGAAGAAUUGAGGGCACUAAAGCCAACGGAAAUAACCGAAAAUGAUGAAUCCAGUUCAGAUGACGAUGAUGAUGGCCUGGGAGCUGAGGGCGGUGAAGAUGACAGUCAAAAGAUGGGCGAUCAAACAGAAACGCCUCCAGAACAUGAUGCACCAGUACAAGGUCCUUUACCCUAUGAACCUGAUGAUGCACCUUGGAAAAAAUCCAGCGAAUCUGGCAUUCGCAAAUUUUUCCGUAAACUUUUCUCCGAUACCAAUGAUGGUAGCGGUGCUAAUCAAGCAACAUUCCAAAAACGUUCCUUAGCAACCUUGUCGAAAAUGGCUCUAUCGGCCACACCUGCAGCCGCCAAUCCGAAUGUUAACACAUUACAAUAUUACAGGUAUUUUUAAAAAUUAAAAACUAAAAAACAAAAGAAUGAAAUUACAAAACAUCACGAAAUACAUCAAACAUUCCAAUUGAGCCAACAUUAGGUCAUAUCACAUCAUCAUCAUCAACACUAAAAUAGAUUCUCAUAUUUUUUUGGAAACCAUAAAAACGAAAUAACAUAUCAAUGCGUUUAAAUAUAGAAAUAAAAAAGAAAAAAAAAACAAAAGAAUAAGAAUUUAAACAAAAAUGUCCGUUUUCCACGCAAAACAAAAAAUGCAAUAAGUAUUCUUUUUGAUACAUACAAACAAACAACAACAAUUUUUUUCACAACAAAUACAAUUUAAGUCAUAGACUGUGCCAAAGAUUUAUGUUAUUGUUUAUAAGCUUUCUUAUUCUUUGUAUAUUUGUUUGUGAUAAAAGAAAAAAUAAAUGAUUGUUUUCCUUUGGUGAAUGAAAAUUGGAAAAAAAACACGAAAUUUUGGGUCGAAAAACUCUACACAAAUUAUAAUUAUGUUAUUACAUGUGCAUGUAUUCUAUUGAUCUUAUUUUUUUUAUUUUAAGUUUAUUUUUUUUAUUUGUCUAUGUAAAUAUUAAUUUAGGUUGUAAUUUUCUGUGUUAUCUUUUUAAGCUCCCUCUCUCUAUAUAUAUUUUGUUUAUAUCUGUAUAUAUUAUUUAUUAUGAUUUAUGUUUUAUUAAUUAUCCUUCUAAUUUUGUUAAUUAUUUACUCGAAUAAUGAAUGGGCCAAUUCAUUUGGAGUUUCUUUUUUUUGUGAAAAUUAUCAUAAAAAUAUGUAUAUUUUCUUUUCGAAAAUGUAUCACUAAUUUGUUGUUACAAUAAAAUAAAAGCAUUUUUUUGUAAAAUUUUAAUUCAUGUGUUUACCAAUAUUUUUAUUUGUGUGUUAAAUUUGAAUGAGUUGUGGAAAGCGUUUUAUAACUUUUCCCAAAAACGAUUAUGGGGAAUAUGGAGAGGCUUGUUUUUUUUUGGGGGGUUUUUUAAAUUGUAACUGAAUUUCAAAGCUGUGAACAAAUUAUUGCAGAAAUUUGUUAGACUACCCAAAGACCUGCAAAUGAGAUUAAAUUUGCAAUGCAAUUUAAAUAGCUAGGUUACUGAGAGUUUACAAAAUUCUUAUGUUAAUUUUAUAAUAAGAACAAUAAUGGGAUUAAGCCUAAGUAUUUUUCGUAAAAAGAAAAAUUUACGGGUUUUCAAACAAACCUAUUGUUGGGGCAACCCACAUUAACAAUAUGGCAUCUCAUAUUGCAACAUCCUAUACGGCAACGCCCAUAUAAUAGGACGCCGUGCUACCGCCAUUUUAGCUUGCUCAGUCUUGUUUUGUCUGUCACUCGAGUCUGACUCACUACAUCGUAACUUCUUCAUUCUUUUUAAAUUAGUAGCUGUGAACGCUCAUCAUCCAAUAAAUCUUUACACCUUUAGUAUUAACAAACAUUGGCUUUUAUUUCAACCCAUAAAAGCACAACAAAAGUGGCGACGAGGAUAGUGGAAAUUGAUCAAUAAUUGCACACACAACAAUCCGCAAAAAUGUCUCAAGACAUAAUUCUACAAUUGUUAACAGAGCAACAAAAAGCAAUGUCGCAACAAACGCAACUGCUAAAGCAUAUGGCUGAUCUUCUUCAAGCACAAGGAGCACCAAAUUCACCACACUCACCACAAACAUCAAAUUCAUCCAAAGCAGCACUAAUGGAAUCACUAGCACAGUCAAUGACAGCAUUCGUAUACGAGCCAGAGAGCGGUCUGAUAUUUCAAGCGUGGUACAACAGGUUUGUGCAUGUUUUCGAAAAAGAAGCAAGCUCACUCGAAGAACAUGACAAAGUGGCCUUGUUAUGGAGAAAAAUGUCGAACCAAGUACAUGAAAGAUUUGCCAACUACGUAUUACCAGCAAAACCUGAAGACAUGACUCUAAAGGAUACAGUAGAGAAACUCAAGAAACUCUUUGGUAAAACAGAAACACAAGUCUCACAAAGAUACAAAUGCCUUCAGCUAGCAAAAGGCGACAGCGAAGAUUUCAGAGAAUACGCAAGCAGAGUAAACCUACAAUGCGAACUAUUCAAAAUGAAAGAACUGAAAAUCGACCAAUUCAAAUGUCUCAUUUUCGUCUUAGGACUCAAGUCAGCAAAGGACAACGACAUAAGACUUCGCUUACUAAAGGUACUGGAUGAUGAAAACACUACAAUGAACCUAGAUCAACUAGUAGACGAAACACAACGAAUUCUAGAUCUCAAAUCGGACAACAUUCUCAUUGAACAUCAAUCAAAAAUCGUCUGUUCACUCAACAAGCACGCAAAAGACUUUAAGAAGCACAAAACACCCAAUUCACCCUGUUGGUAUUGCGGAGACCUUCACUACGUCAAAUUUUGUCCUUUCCAGAAACAUAAAUGCACAACAUGCAAUCAAGUGGGUCAUAAAAAUAACUUUUGCAACAUCGCUAAAACUGGUAAGAAUUUCAAAUCAUCGUCUGAAAACAACCAGAACGAAUUCAAGAAAUACAGCAAUUCAAGGAAAUCAUUCAAAACUAAGGCAGUUUUCAAAACACACAACAUUAAUUUCCGCGACUUAAGGAAAUACACAACUGUCCUAAUUAACAACAAUCCUGUAAAACUUCAAAUUGAUACUGCAUCAGACAUAUCAAUUGUAUCUAUCAACACAUGGAAAGCUAUAGGUAAGCCUGAAGCCUACGAAACUUUUGACAACGCUAGCGACGCAAACGCAAAUUCAAUCAAGCUCCUAGCAGAAUUUCAAUGUGACGUCACAAUCGACAAAACAUCAAAAACAUUAAAAUGUUAUAUAACAGAUAUAGAAAAACUCAAUAUCAUGGGAAUCGAUUGGAUUCAAGCAUUCAAUCUAUGGCAGAAACCAAUAACCUCAUGGUGUCAUCAAAUAAACUUCGUUGAUGAAAUAGCAGAAUUGAAAACGAAUUAUCAAUCAGUUUUUGAUAACAGUACCCCAGGUCUGUGCAAAACAAAAGUCAACAUACAAUUAUUGCCAAACACAAAAGAAAUAUUCGUUCCCAAACGACCAGUUCCUUUCGCAGCAAGAAAGGAAAUUGAAACAGAACUCCUCAGAUUAGAAAACGCAGGAAUAAUCACACCGGUAGAUUCAUCGAGGUACGCAGCGCCGAUAGUGGUCAGCAAACGUAAUGGAAAAAUUCGAAUAUGUGCAGACUAUUCAACAGGACUAAACUCAAUAGUAGAACCUAAUCAGUAUCCAUUACCAACACCGGAAGAAAUCAUGUCUGAUUGCCACAACUGUGUAAUCUUUAGUCACUUAGAUCUCUCAGACGCAUACUUACAAGUCGAAGUUGACGACGAAAGUAAAGAGCUUCUCACCAUCAAUACACACAAAGGUCUAUAUAAGUUCAACCGUCUAACCCCAGGUAUAAAAUCAGCUCCGGGAGCAUUUCAAAGGAUCAUGGAUAAGCUAUGCGCAGGCAUAGAAGGAGCAAAAGCAUAUAUAGACGACAUCAUGUUAUCAAGUCCAUCUAUUCCGGAACAUAAAUUUAAUUUAAACAAGCUUUUACAAAGAAUUCAAGAUCACGGAUUCAAGCUGAAAUUUGAAAAAUGCCAAUUCUUUCAAAAACAAAUCAAAUAUCUAGGACACAUAAUAAGCAAAGAUGGAAUCAAACCUGACCCAAUCAAAAUAGCAGCCGUUCAAAAUCUUAAAACACCAGAAAACGUCUCGGAAGUAAGAUCGUUAUUAGGCUCUAUUAAUCAUUACGGGAAAUUUGUAAACAACAUGAGAACACUACGUAAACCUCUUGACGAUCUACUAAAAAAGGACGCCAAGUUCGAGUGGACGUCACAGUGUCAAAAAUCAUUAAACGACUUUAAGAACAUCUUGACAUCAGAUCUUCUUUUAACGCAUUACAAUCCAAACUUGCCUAUACAUGUAGCAGCCGAUGCAUCAUCUCACGGAAUCGGCGCGGUUAUCUAUCAUAUGUUUCCAGACAACACUAUGAAGGCAAUACAUCAUAUUUCCAGAUCACUCACACAAGCGGAAAAGAAUUACAGCCAAAUAGAAAAAGAAGGCCUAGCCCUUAUAUUCGCCGUUCAACGGUUUCACAAAAUGCUAUUCGGACGCAAAUUUACUUUACACACCGAUCACAAACCCUUACUCGCAAUAUUUGGUUCAAAGAAGGGAGUUCCAAUUUACACAGCAAAUCGUUUACAACGAUGGGCCCUUAUAUUACUGGCUUACAACUUCGAAAUUAAAUACACAAACACAAAGGACUUUGGUCACGCUGAUGUAUUAUCAAGAUUAGUCAACAAUCACGAAAAACCAGCAGAUGACUUUAUAGUGGCUUCAAUAUCAUUCGAAGAAGACAUACGUAACGAGAUAAAUGAAACUAUGUCAGUUCUCCCAGUAUCAUUUAAAAUGAUCGUCGAUGCAACAACAAAAGACACGGAUUUACAAAUGGUCCUCAAAUACAUUCAAACAGAAUGGCCAGAAAGCAAGAAAAAUAUUAACCCAUCAAUUAUUCAAUUUUUCAACCGCAAGGAAAAUCUUUCAACCUUCGAUGGUUGUAUUCUCUUCAAUAAUCGUAUAGUAAUUCCUAAAUCAUAUCAGAGACAAAUCUUACAACAACUUCACAGAGGACACUUAUCAGCAGAACGCAGCAAAGCCAUCGCCAGAAGUUAUGUUUAUUGGCCAAACAUCGACAAACAAAUUGAAGACUUUGUUCGGAAAUGCAAAAAUUGUCAACAUGCGGCAAAAAGUCCAGUAAAAACAAAUCUUUGCCCAUGGCCAUUAACUUCACACCCUCUUGAAAGGAUACAUAUAGACUAUGCUGGUCCAGAAAAAGGUAAAUAUUAUCUUCUUAUCAUCGACUCGUAUUCAAAAUACCCUGUUAUAUACGAGACAACAACGACAACCACAUAUGCAACAUUAAAAAUGUUAAACGAAUAUUGUGCACUCUUCGGAAAUCCUGAACAAUUGGUCUCGGACAACGGAACACAGUUCUGUUCAGAACAAUUUGAGAAGUGGUGCAGCAAAAAAGGCAUUAAACACACAAGGACUGUUCGUUUUCAUCCAAGUUCAAAUGGACAAGCCGAGCGUUUCGUUGAUACACUUAAACGUGCAUUAAAAAAACUAGAAGGGGAAGAAACGCCUACGGAAUCUCUCCAAACCUUCCUAGAAGUCUACAGAUCCACACCAAAUCCAAAUGCACCAGAAGGUAAGUCUCCAGCAGAAUCCUUCAUCGGAAGAAAAAUGAGAACGGUCUUCGACGUUCUAAGGAAGCAACAAUCGCCUGAGUAUAACGUCAAUCACAAAAUGGAACAGCAGUACAAUACCAAACACGGUACCAAAAACAGAGAGUUUAGCAACGGAGAAUUGGUCUAUGCCAGAAACUUCAAAGGAAACAAAAGUUACUGGACAACAGGCGAAAUAGUCGAGCGUAAAGGGAAAGUCAUUUACAACACUCUAAUCGACGUUGGGGACAGGAAAAUUCUAGUACGAGCUCAUACUGAUCAACUUCGACAUAGAGAAUCGGUAGAGUCAAGCAGUCAAGAACGACAAAAACUACCAUUAGACGUACUACUUGAAGAAUUCGAAAUCGCUUUGCCUAACCAUCAAGAACAUUUUGCAACUCCAACAGGUUCACCAAACUGGACACCUCAAAGAAUAACAAGUCGCAGACAACCAGUCGAACCUAUUUCAAGAUCACCUUCUCAUCUUAAGGAGGGAGAUGUUGGGGCAACCCACAUUAACAAUAUGGCAUCUCAUAUUGCAACAUCCUAUACGGCAACGCCCAUAUAAUAGGACGCCGUGCUACCGCCAUUUUAGCUUGCUCAGUCUUGUUUUGUCUGUCACUCGAGUCUGACUCACUACAUCGUAACUUCUUCAUUCUUUUUAAAUUAGUAGCUGUGAACGCUCAUCAUCCAAUAAAUCUUUACACCUUUAGUAUUAACAAA